AUGGCUUCUUUCCAUGUUCGUUCCAUAAGUUUACCUAAAAACUCUCAUCCUCUCACUCUUGCAGUGGAGGAACAACUACGCCAAUUAAAAGCAUCUUCAUCUUCAUCAAUCUGCCAAAAUUUAUCUGGUCUCCAAAAGUUAUAUGAGGGAGUUGAGGAUUUUCUUUCUACUCAAGAUAGGAAAUGCUUAGAUACUGUUUUGGAUGGAUCUAUCAUGUUAUUGGAUGUUUGCAGUAUUAUCAAGGAUGUAUUGUCUCCGAUGAGACAAUCUGUUCAAGAACUACAAUCAUCCAUUCGACGAUCAAAUGAAGUUUCUGAAUACAUGAUCUCCAGAAAGAAGAUCACCAAAAAAGUGAUCCUUAAGUGCCUUGCAAAUCUUAAGAACAACAAGCAAAACGACGUAGAAGUUAACAUGUUAAGAGAAGUUGAAGCUACAACUCUAGCCGUUUUUGAAUCUAUAUUGUCCUUUGUUCCUGUACAAAAUGAAAAGAACACCUUGAUCUCGAAAUUAUUGCUCACCAAGCGAGUUGCACACAAGUCCGAUGAAGAAACUUCCGAAGUAAUGAAGGUUGACGCCAUUGUAAAAGCCCUUUCCAAAGGCAUUGAAGUAAGCAAUGUAAAAAAGACAUUGGAAACCCUUGAAAUGACCCUUCAAGAUCUUGAAGAUAGAGUAGAAACCGUUUUAGAUGUUUAA